UGGCAGGCAGAGCUGGUUAAACAUCAAACGAACACGGUAGAUGGCAUUCAGGUCGCGUACCGUAACCGUACGGACGUCUGCACCGUUGUCUCGGGCGUGCUUGUAUAGUUCGAACAAAGUUUUCUAUCGAAAUAGUUUUUUGUGACGCACCUUUUUACUGAGCGUUUACGUGCCCGUCUAUAUUCGCGGUUAGCCCUAAAAAAAUAAAAGUUUAGUAUUCGAACGAGUAGAAGUGGAGCUCCUUUCCAUUGUGAUCGUUGAGCUGUAGUUGCCAAUAAAUUGAAUUUUAUUGCUUGGUGACGUAAAGCACGGUGGUGGUGAUAACGGAAAGUGAUGUGAAUUGUGUUGUGUUUACAUUGCGAUGCAUGUGUAGUGUGGAAACGGGUUGUUUAUUAUGGGGUAUGCAUCGAGUGGCGCGGGGCGCGCAGCGCAUGAAGCGCUACUGGCUCGCCAAGAUGCUGAGCUGCGGCUCAUGGAGGCAAUGAAAAGGAGUCUCCAAGCUAAGAUGAAGAGCGACAGGGAGUACGCUCUCGCUCUGUCAGCGGCUGCUGCACAGGGCCAGAAGAUGGACAAAUGUGAAGAACUAAAUGGAUCAGUUAUAGCUUCGGCGUGGCGCACAAUGACCGAAGAGUGGGAAAACACCAGUCGGUUGAUCAAGGCUAACGCAGAAACCCUGGACUCGCGCGCACUAGAUCGCCUCACCGCAUUAAUGACAGAGCGACGGAAAUCGCGAAAAACUUAUCAAGAAGACCACACCAAAAUCUCUUCACAGUUUACUCAGCUCUCCGAGGAGGUUCAGAGGAAACAGAGCGAAUACCAGAAGUGUUUAGAAUCCUACAAACAAAUGAGGACGAAGUUUGAGGAGAACUACUUAAAAUGUCCUACAGGUCGUGGAGGUCGUAAGUUAGACGAGACUCGGGAUAAAUAUGGUAAAGCAUGUAGAAGACUGCAUAGAGCACACAACGAAUACGUCCUGUUGCUGGCAGAGGCUACAGAAUGCGAGCGAGCAUUAAGAACGGCCGCAUUGCCGUCACUAUUAGAUCAACAACGAAGGCAGGGUGAAGCUACGGCGUCUUCUUGGAAAAGCAUUCUCUUGGAAGUGGUGCAGCGGUCAGACUUUAGUACAGAUAAGUUCAGGGAAAUACAAAGCAAAAUAGAAUCAACUAUACAAAACCUGAGACCUCAGGAUGAAUAUAAAGAAUUUAUAGAGAAAUAUAAGUCACCACCGUCAACACCAAUAGUAUUUACAUUUGACGAAAGUCUAGUCGAAGAUACAAGCGGUAAACUUCAACCGAACCAGCUGACGGUAGACAAUCUCACGGUGGAAUGGCUCAAAGAGAAAUUAACAGAACUGGAGGGGAUACUGCAGGACAAUAGGGAAAAGCAGACCGCAUUGCAGGGGCCAGAGAUUAUAGGCAAUGGUGUCUGCAAGAAUAAUAAUACCGGACUUACUAAUGGUGUCAAUGGAAUUGACAGGCAUUCACCACCACCGCUCCCUGUAACAACUUUGGAACCCAUAAAGUUGUUGGAACUCCGAGUAGCAGAGCGGAAAUGUGCGAAACAAGCCGAGAUGAUACGGUCCGCAUUAGCUGAGCUGGGUUGUGAAGAAGCACCCAGUGGUUGUCCGGACUUAUCUGCGGAGACUGUAGGAGUUGAUAGUCUCGACGGCAGCUCACCCGAUCAUCAGGACCGUGCCUCAAUCGGAUCUAGAGCGUCAGUGGACGCUUUGCGAUUGCAUCUACACUCAAUUAUUCCACCGAAGCCGUUCUUCAGAUUGUUCACACGGCCAUUCCGGCGUAAAUCCGUACCCUCGAGUCCUGCGCUGCCUCCAAAAACCUAUCGCAGCAGCAGCAUGGGUCCCUCAGACACGGUGAGUGUGAGCGAGACAGAGCGGUCUUUAGUAGAACAAGAGUGGUUUCACGGAGUGUUACCGAGGGAAGAGGUGGUACGGCUUCUACGGGCUGAUGGCGACUACUUGGUCAGAGAGACGACGAGGAACCAUGCACGGCAACUAGUGCUGUCCGUGUGUUGGGGUCAACAUAAACAUUUCAUCGUGCAAACUACACCUGAGGGUCACUAUAGGUUCGAGGGCGCCGCGUUCCCAUCAGUUGCCGAGUUGAUAGCAUGGCAGCGAACUAGUGGGGUGCCGGUUACAGCCCGUUCAGGGGCAUUGCUCCGGAGAGCCGUGCCCAGGGAGAACUGGGAAUUGAACAACGAUGACGUUCAACUGUUGGAUAAGAUUGGACGGGGUAAUUUCGGUGAUGUGUAUAAAGCACGAUUGAAGACGACAAGUCAAGAAGUAGCUGUAAAAACAUGUCGCAUGGCACUGCCAGAAGAGCAGAAACGUACUUUUUUGCAAGAAGGUCGAAUUCUGAAGCAGUAUCAACAUCCUAACAUUGUACGGCUCAUCGGAAUCGCGGUACAGAAGCAGCCUAUUAUGAUUGUUAUGGAACUUGUGUCGGGUGGUUCACUCCUCACGUUUCUAAGAACACGUACAUCGUCAAUGAGCUCGCGAUCUCUUCUCGCAAUGUGUCGGGAUGCGGCUGCGGGGAUGCGUUAUCUCGAGUCAAAGAACUGCAUCCACCGGGACCUAGCUGCCAGGAACUGUCUCGUGGGUGAAGAGAAUAUAGUCAAGAUAUCAGAUUUCGGGAUGUCAAGGGAAGAAGAAGAAUAUAUUGUAUCGGGGGGCAUGAAGCAGAUUCCUAUUAAGUGGACAGCACCAGAGGCUUUGAAUUUUGGUAAAUACACUUCGCUAUGUGACGUGUGGAGCUACGGAGUGUUGAUGUGGGAGAUAUUCUCCAAGGGUGAUACCCCGUAUGCCGGCAUGACAAACUCGCGCGCUAGAGAGAAAAUAGAUACAGGUUACCGUAUGCCCGCGCCCGAAUCAUGUGCUGAAGAUGUGUACGCAUUAAUGCUACGGUGCUGGGAGUACGAGCCCGAGAAACGGCCGCAUUUCCACCAAAUAUAUACAAUUAUAGACAACAUAUACAAUAGAUAACAGAUUACUGGAAUUGGUGCAAAAGUCACGACGGAAAGUAAAUUAUGAGGCAUUCGUUAUUCCUUCCACAAAGAUUGAUCUGAUUUGACAUCCUGAGCCUUGUAAUCCCGAAUUAUCAAUAUAAUGUAUGUAUGUAGCCAUAACUGUCUAUAAAUCCUGCUGUAUAUAGAUAGAUAUAUCAUAUCAUAGAUAUAUUAGUAUUUAUAAAAGUCAUAAUUCUUUAGUAUCAUAUUAAAAUUAUGCAAAAUUUGUUCACAACAACGAAAUCAUUUAUUACUGUCAUUGUAGAUACCACAACGAUCCUACCCAAUCAUUCGUUAAUUAUUUGAAAUUAUUGGCUAUUUAGUUCUCGUAUUGUUACGUUUUGCACUGUGGGUGUUAUUAACGUUAAAUGAAAAGCCAAGUUAACCUAGUAACCUACCUAUGUGAAGGGCCUAUAUAUAACUCAAUACGGCCCUGAGUGUGAUAUUGCUAAUUUAGAUUCAAACCUGAGACCAAAUAACUCAAAAU